AUGGCAUCAACGAAGCGCGUUCAUUCCAGGAGCAGAAGGCAGCUAGAUCUCCAGGAGAAGCUGACCAACAUGGGGUUGUCUGUUGACUACUGGCUGCCUAAGCUUCAGAAAGACCUGGGUGUGACUAGUGCCCUGGACUUACAACACUUAGGAGAAAGAGAGCUCCAGAAGCUGAAGUCCCAGAUACAACACACAUGGGAGGAAAAGGCUCUGGAAAAGCUGCUUGACAUCUCACAUCCAAACGGUGUUGCAGAGUUCCAGGAGACUGCAGGGGAGAUGAUAGAGAGCAGACAGCAGCAGGCAGGACAGGCACUGCAGGAACUGACAGCCUUGCAAAUACAAGGGAAACACAGAGAAGACAAAGAAGUUAAGAAAAAAGAAGCAGAGCUGAGACAAGCAAUGGAGAUCCCUGAAGAAUGCUGGAUGGAUGAGGCAAAAGAACAGUCACAGUGCUUCACCCAUGAAAAUAAAGAGACUAGUAACCAGCAGCAUAAUGAAAACAGCAAAGCAGAAAUGAUAGAAAAAGGAUCUUUCUUAAGCUUACUACAACGCCUAGGCCUAGAACAUCACUACCCAAAAAAGAUGAGCAGAGCUGACUUCCAUUUGAUCUGCAAGAGUUCUGUACACAAGUCCAAACCAGCAUCUGAACAGGAACUUCCCUUCUAUUUCCUACAAAAGCUACUGAUGCUAGAUUGUGGGUUCAGACAUCUGGUCCUCAAAGAGGCUGAAAAUGAAAAAACCAAUAGUUCUUUAGAUCCCUGCUAUGAGGAAACUGAUACUUUUGAUCCAUUCGAAGACUUGUCUGAUGACAGAGAUGAACCUACUGAUCCUCUGGACACAGAGUCCCAGCCACGCAUUCACCCAAUGGACAUCCAGAUGGCCAUUUUCCACUGUGCAGAUGAUCUUGCCAGGCAAUACAUUUUGUCCAAACUCUCCAUUUGUCAGUUUGCACUCCCCCUUUUGGUGCCAAAUCCAAACACCUCUCAGAUGGAAUUCUUUCUCUGGUCUCUCAGACAAAUCAGGAGAAGUUGGCAAGAGUCAAGUAAAUCAGCACAGGACAAGAGCUACAGUCACAGGAAUCAGCAGAUGUGCUGUGUCUCUACCCCCAUUGUGUCUUUCAUUAGAGUUGGAAAUGACUUCUCUGCUUCCAAAUCUCAGAUCAUGAACUCUCUGCUCAGUAAAGGUAAACACGAUGUGUUUUUUCACAGGUUCUGCAGAGAAAGCAGCAAAUAUUGUCUCCUGAUGGAGGGAGUGGUGGAGAUCUCCUGGUUCUGUCCUGGGGGUCAAGGUGAGGACACAUUUGAUAGGUGUAUGGCCUUCACCAAUCUUCAUGGAGAUGCCAAGGACCAUAGGCAACAACUCAGCUUCCUGCAGGAUAUCUCUUCUGUCAUUGUGAUGGUCAUGUCAUCUACUGAUGACAAUAAAGAAAACCAGAAUAUUGUCAGACACUUGAGUGAGUCCUCAAUACCUCUAUUGUGUUUGUUGGAUAAUAAAAAAAUUGUCUCGGUCAAUAAUUCUGGUAGAAGAGUAAGAAUUGGCAUCAGGAAUAGAAAUGGGGCAGAAAUAAGAGAAGAACUCAUAACUGCCAUAAAACAUUUAUUAAAAUACUCUAAUACUUCUUUGAGCUUAGAAGAUUGUUCACAGAUGGCUCGAAAACAAGGAUUCCUGGUUGAUGAAGACCAGAAAGACUGCAAGAAAGCUAAAGAAAAGGCUGAGAUUAUAACGGCCCUACUAGCAAAACAGACAUUAUCAAAGAUAAAAGAAAACUUACUACCACUUCAGGGAAAUCUCUGGCAUAUUUGGUGUAAGAAGGACAAAGAACUCUAUCAUCUGACAGAAAAAGGAAAUCGGAGUAUUGAACAACAUAAAAGUGAUAUUGAGGGAGAGAAACAAAAAAUCCGCUUUCAACAAUUAGAAAAAGCCUUUCCUCUCAAUGAUGUAAUGUGCUCUUUCCUUAAAACUUUUCAAGAAAAUGAAGAAACUCCUUCCAAAGAGUAUAUCUUGACCUGGUUGAAUCUGCUUUUACAUAACUUAACUAAAGAUCAUUUAGAAAAAUUACAGGAGAAACAAAGGUCUUUGUGGUUAUUAGAACAAACAGAAGGACAUAGAAAGUGUAAAAGCAACUUCUUGAUUGACCAGCAGAAUCAGAUAGAAGCCAUCACCAAAGAGAUUUAUGACUGUACAUUUGGCAUUGAGCACCUACUCCGAGAAGUUGCCCAGAUUUAUGAAGUUCUGGAAGAAACUUCCUCCCCUAGAGACAGCAUUAUUCUCUGCCUCCCCCAGAUUGCUGCAGACCUGAUGGUAGCUGGUCUUCCCAUUGAGCUGAUGGAUGGGGAUGCUUCAUAUGUGCCUCUAAAGUGGGUGGCAGCUGUUUUUGACAAGAUCUCUGAGAAAGUUGGAGACAAAAGGUUGUUUGUUCUCUCUAUCCUUGGCCUACAGAGCUCAGGGAAGUCCACCCUACUGAAUGCACUCUUUGGGCUGCAGUUCACAGCCAGUGCAGGCAGGUGCACCAAGGGGGCCUACAUGCAGCUCCUGAAGGUGGAAGAGACAUUCACAGAAGAACUUGGCUUUGAUUUUCUGCUCGUUGUAGACACAGAAGGACUGCGGGCUCCAGAACUCAACAGCAAAUCCCAGAAUUGGGACAAUGAGUUGGCAACAUUUGUUACUUGUCUUGGAAACUUGACUCUGAUCAAUAUAUUUGGGGAGAAUCCAGCAGAGAUGCAGGAUAUCCUUCAAAUAGUUGUCCAGGCUUUUCUCAGAAUGAAACAAGUGAAAAUCUCCCCAAGUUGUAUCUUUGUCCAUCAGAAUGUGGGAGAAGUUACAGCUAAAGACCAAACUAUGGAAGGACGAAGGAGACUGGAGCAGAGACUGGAUGAGAUGACCGCAUUAGUUGCUGAGUUAGAAGAAUGCUCAAACAUAACCCGCUUCAGCGAUGUAAUCAAAUUUGAUGUUAAGAAUCAUGUCUAUUACUUUGCUCACCUCUGGGAUGGCAAUCCCCCAAUGGCCUCUCCCAAUCCUUAUUAUAGCUACAAUGUCCAGGAAUUGAAGAGUGUGAUUCUUCAGACUGCCCAGCAGGAAUCCAGGGGAAGGAUCAAGAAAAUCUCAGAUAUAAAAUUCCGAGUUCAAGAUUUGUGGAAAGCCCUGGUCAGUGAAAAUUUCAUUUUCAAUUUCAGAAACACUAAGGAAGUCAUAGCCAUGAACAAACUGGAAACUAUGUAUAAUCACUGGACCUGGGAGUUGAGGAGUUAUGUUCUGGAAUUACAGAACCAGUUGAACAAUCAGAUUCAGAAUUCAAAAAUAAAGACGAUCACAAUCAAUACACUAGAGGGUCCACUUCACAGAAAAUAUGAAACCAUCAAGAAAGAGUUUGACAAGUAUUUUGAAGAAGAUCCAGAGAGUGAAAUAUUGAUUCAGUGGAAAACUUAUUUUGAGCAGAAGCUACAAAUGCUUAACGAAUCACUUAUUUUAGAUACCAGAAAGAAAAGCAAUGAGCUUAUCAAUCUUAAACAAAGCCAAGAAAGACUAGAUAACCAAAUUUCACAAUAUGAAAAUGAACUGUUAGAGAAGAGCCGAGAGUUGGCUUUAAGUGUGAAGGGUAAAGAAUUCAGUGAUGAAGAGUUACAUGAGAAAUUCAAUCAACUUUGGACAAAUUGGAUCUCCAAUGUGACUCCAAGUGUUCCUCUUGUGACAGAUCCUAACAUUGAUUUGGAUUCUGAAAAUAUCCUUCUGGAGCAUUUCAAGAAAGAGAAAAAUAUUAUAGAAAAACUAAAAAGGGACUCUGGAGACAUGUUUGAAAUAAACUAUGACAAACAUAUCCAAAUGAAAAAACGACAUGGCUUAAUCCGCAUGAGUUUAGAAACCUCACAUAAAGAAUCUAUUAAAAUUUUUACUUCUAAUAUUGAUUUAAGAUUUAAUGAAACAAUCAAAAAUAUUUGGAAGCAACAGUGUGGUUACAAUCAGAAUGAUUUCCAUGAAAUCCUGAGGAUAGUAGAAAAUGAAGUGAAAUCUCUUCCCCAGGAGGAGGACUACAUAUUAACCAGAGACUACAUCAUUGACUUAUCCUUGUGCUUAUUCCAGAAAGCAUCAAAGAUUUUCAAGGAAAUGCAUGAGGCAUUCAAGAUGGCAAAUGAUCCUGUGAACUAUAUGAAGAGAAAGAAAGAGGAUUUUUUCAUGAGUUUUAAGAUGCACUGCCAAGGUACCACCUCCAUCACAUCCAUUGUUGACUUCCUUUGGCUUAAGCUUACUCCUGCUAUAUCUGCCACUGUAUGGAGGGAAAUGGUUAGUAAAGUAACUGGGGAUAUGCAAUCCAUGUGCCCUGCAUUCAAUGGAAACAGGGCUAACCUGGAGAAACACAUUCUCAUUUCUCUGGCAGAAGAAGAAAAUUUUGAGAAGUAUUGGAAAUAUGUUCAUUAUCCAGAACCAUUUUUUAGAGAAUACAUUACAGAGCACAUUAUAAGGUACUGCUCAGAAAAAGGUGAGAAAUUAAAGACAUUUUUAAAAAUAAGUUUAGAGGACAUCAAGAACACCAUCCUCUCUGCUGUUCAAAAUGCCACAGAAGUAACUAAAGAUGAUAGCAGCACUGCUUCUCGCUGGUUGGAUUUGUUCUGUGAUCAUCUAGGGAGCCACGUGAUCUUUCCAAAAAGAGACCUGAUAAGCAUAGAGCACCUGGAGAUAAAGGACACUGAGUUUCUCAAAGAAUCCAUGAGUGCAGCUUUGGAUCCUGCACUGAGGAAAGUCAAAGAGGACUGCUCAAGUAAGCCCAUAGAUGAAAUGGUUCCUGACAUUGAGAAAAUUCUCUCUGCUCAGCUCUGUGGCUGCUGGAAACAGUGUCCUUUCUGUAAAGCAGUUUGUACCAACACCAUUCCUGAACACGAAGGAGACCACAGUGUGUCACUCCACCGUCCUCAGGCUGUACGUGGAGCUAAAUGGAACAAAACAGAGGACUUUGUCAUUGAAUUCUGUACUAGUUUAGUAGCAAGUGAUUAUCCUUUUUUUGUAAAUGACUUGCAAUAUUCAUACAAAAGAUAUCGAGAAGCAGGAGAUAACUACGCCAGGUGGAGCAUCACUCCAGACUCAUCUCCCCAGUCAUACUGGAAAUGGUUUGUCUGCCACUUUAAAACAGAGCUAGAAAACAAAUAUGGCAAAAAGUUUAUUGAAAAAGGAACAAUACCAGAUUCAUGGUUCAAAAUCACAAAGCAAGAAGUACUCGAUUACUUAAAAAGUCACAAAUAGAAUACUAGUAGUUCCAAAGAAAUUUCAAAUUAAUCAAGGGACCCUAAUAUCAAUUUAGGAGCUACAUUCAAGAUACCUUAUAAAUCAAGAAAAUAACCAUUAAUAAGCUACUAUUUCCAUAUUAGAAGAUUUUCUACUAAGAAGAUUUUUGCAAUGUGUUUAUUAUUCCUGCUUCAUAUAUAAUGUACUAUAUAUAUGAAAAUAUGUAUAGACCAAUAUCCUAUCAAUAGUCUACUUCACAGUUUAUAUUCUUAAUGUUUCUUUAAGCAUAUAGCAUACACAUGGAAAGUUAUGUUAUUAGACAAAUAUUCUAGCCUUUCAGGCUGCCACAGAUCUCUAGAUACACUGAUGGAAAAGGCUUUAAAAUACUUGUCUGAGGAAAAGCCUUUAAGUCGAUUUU